AUGCUGCUGCCGAACACUUGCUACGACAUCAACAUUAGGAGUACGAAGAAUUACAAAGAUCUCCUCAUCAACUUCUCUGUCACCAAUCGUCCCGAUUGCCCAACACUGGCCCGAAACUUGGAUGAGGGCGCUGGACAAUUCACUGCCUGCUCGCCUGCCCGGGGUGGGGACACGCUUGGGGCUUCGACUCUAUCAACACUAUAUGUUACCAAUGCAUUCCGUACAAGAAUCUACGGACAAACAAGGCUCGUCAACUCUCUCUCUCUCUCUCUCUCCUCCGACUACGACUUCGUGCAGGUGUCAACAAGCUCAGAGUCAAUGCUUCUGGCCCUGUCCCUAGCGAACGGAUUCUACGUUCCGUCCAGAACGUUGGAUUUGGGGGCCAAUGACACCAAGACUCGCGCAUUCGGCACGUUGAUUGGCAACGGAACGGGCUACCAACCAGAUGAUGAGCAAGACUGCAGGCUUGCUGCAACCGUUUGGCAUCCGCCGCAAGCCAAGCAGAAGCACCACCAAGAGAGCCCCGUUUCGAAGCGGGUGAAUCCAUGUGGCAUGAAGCCGCGUUUCCUCCUUCCGUCAGCCAGUCGAUCGGCUCGACUCGCCGAUAAUGCCGGGAUUGUGUUCGGUCUGGAUUCCGGCGUGGGGGCAGUGACAGAUGGCUCAUCGUUCUGUCUGCGGGAACUCGGAAGCACCAUCGCUCCUGGUGCAGAAUCCUGCGGCAACAUCGCAGUGGCAGUUGAUAUUGAGAAUGACGUCGUCGGCAAGGAGACAAUUUAUCCAGAGUGA